GGCCACUGAGGUAGUAAAAGCUAUCAUACAGGGUCUCAAUGAAAAGGUUGACAGACUCUCCGAAGCUGUGGUAGCUAAAGUUGAACAGGCUCUCAAAUCAGCUCAAGCUCAACAAGAUCCUGUCAAUCUUGAUCUCACCGAAACCAUCCAAGCUGUCCUCAAUGCUGCUAAUGGUCUCUCCACUAAAGCCGAUGCCGUCAAAACCCAACUCGAAGAACAUCUUGAAAUCACUAAUAUCCAAUCUGGUGUUCCUAAAUCUCAAGUCACUGAAGCCCUCGAAACCCUCACUGAUCCUGCUAAAAGACAAGCUGCCGUCGCCGAAGUCAAAGGAGCUCUCGGUGGUACCACUGCCAAUGAUACCGCCAAAAUUGAGGACAAAGAUCUCACCGAUCCUGCCACAGAAGCUCUCAAAUCUGUCAAACUCGACGGUCAGGCCGAUGCAGUCAAAACUAAACUCACAGAUCAAGUUACUGGCCAAACCCAAAUAAAUAUCGGCGAUUCAAUUACAGCAGCCCUCGGAAAACUUGAACAACUUAAAUCUGGUACUACUGGUGAAAAAGAACCCAAACCUGAGGCCGUCCAAGAUGUCCAAUCCGCUCUCUCUCAAGGUACUGCCAAAACCCAAUUCACUAGUCUAUGGCACAUUAAGGGCACUGAUGGCUACAGUAGUCUAGAUAGUGCCCAUUGGUACAUUAUGUUUCCAUUUCUUAUGGUCCUGGUUGGUAUGGGUCUGGUCUACUGCAUAUAUCCUGCCAUAGCUCCUGGAAUGAUUGUUCCAUUUUACCUCAUUGAUAAGAUUGAGAUGGUUCUGUUGAUAGCCACCAUAUUUCCAGCUCUGUAUGUAGCAAUUGCCAGAAGUGGUAAACUGAUACCAGGUUUUGGUGGUUUCUCAAGUGCAUGGGCUCCAACUACGAAAUGGUCAGGUGAGACUACUCUUAACUGGGGUCAAACAUGGAACUAUGAUCCUAACAAUUUUAGUUUCCUAUGGCACAUUACUGACCUCGUGAUUCCUACCAUGAUCAUUUUAGCCUAUUUAUUUAUUUACUCACUGCAUUACAGAGACUCAUCAGUUGCCAGAUCAAUCAUCAACCAACCCAAAAUGUCUACAUGUCUAACCAUUCUAUUCUAUAUGUGUCAUGAGAUCUCAUUGGCUGUAGGAUUUCCAGGUAUCUUUGGUGGUAAUGGAGGUGGUAGCAUCCUAGCCCUUACGGCACAGCUGAUAGGUGCAUUUCUGAUGUGUCUGUUAGCUCCAUAUUCUGAAGGUUACAUUAUUGAGUAUAAGAGACAUGAUCCUAGCAAUUGGCCUACAGCAGGAAUGACUAGGUGGAAUGCCCUUAGGUACUGGACCAAACAGGCCUCCAAGAACUGCAAUAAGAACCUAGCAGCAUUGUUCACCAAGGACCUGAGAAGAGACCUGUUACUAUGCAUAGAAAGAAAUGAGCUAAUCUAACAAAAGUUAAAGUAAUCUAAUACUAAUGGAGGGAGAAUGUAAUCUAACAAAGUGGUAAUCUAACACCAGAGUAAGAGUAUGAUGUAAUCUAAUAAAGCUUAAUGUAAUAAAGUAAAGUGAUAAUGUAAUGUAAUAAA